ACUACGACUUCAGCCAUGAUGAAGCAAAUUCACGAGGAACUGGAAAACUCUCAUCCAUCGAACUCAGGAGGAUUACUAAAUUUGCAGUGGACGUGAAGCUGGACCCGACUACCGCACACCAAAGCCUUGAAAUUUCUGAUAAUGGGAAAAAAGUGAGAGAUGGUGGAAAGAUGUCGAGAGAUCCUGAUUCUCCACAGAGGUUUAAUAUGUUUGGAAGUAUCCUGGGGCUCAACAGGCUGUCCUCUGGCAGGGCAUACUGGGAGGUGGAGGUCAGCAAAAAGACCGGGUGGGAUCUGGGUGUGGCGAGAUGUGAUGCAAACCGCAAGGGGAAACUCUCAAUCAAUCCUGACAAUGGUUACUGGGCUACUGUACAUUAUGAAGACCAGAAAUAUGCAGCCCUAAUGACACCACCUGUGAGCCUUUCGCUUAAAAGGAAACCACAAAAAGUCGGGGUGUUUGUAGAUUACGAGGAAGGUCUUGUGUCCUUUUACGAUGUGACGUCUCAGUCUCACAUCUACUCAUUUACUGAGUGUUUGUUUGGUGGUGAGAUCCUCCCGUACUUCAGUCCACAUCUGAAACAAAAUGAGAAAAACAGCAAUCCUUUGAUUAUCUCUGCUGUGCAAAAGCAGCAGUAAUCACAUGCACUGAAUGUGGUAAGCAAUAUGUAUGAUUGGGUGUGCAGUAACAGUUUGCUUACCUGCUCAUUGGGUAUUUCAUCGGUCAAAUUUCAACAUUUUUUACUAUAACAUGCCUUAAUGAAGAUCCUCUGACUGAGGCAUCAAUUUUAAAAAUUUUUAUAUACUAUUUUUCUAGAUUUUAACAUUUGAAAACUAAAAAAUAGGUCAUACAUACAGCAGUGGAAAUGUAUACAUUUUACAGAAACAAUAUGAACAAUGAAAUUACAGAAAAUUACUAACAGGAAAAAAAAACAUGGCUGGGAACUAGGAUGUCUGGGCGUGUUGAAACACCUGCAAAAGACAGAAAUGACAAAAUAUAUUCUAAAUAUCAACGUGUUAAAACACUUUAGACACUAUUCCUGUUAUUCCUUUAAGAAAAAAAUAUUAGGACAUAUUAUGAUCAAAUGAUGUCACGUACUGAUCACCAGCAGCUGGAGGUUGUGCAUUAUUCAAAAUCAGCUAUUAGCCAAUUUUGGGGAGCAUUAAAAUCUUGCACCUAGAUGAAAGUAACUUUAAGAAGUAAUUUGACAUUAAUCCCUCGGAUGCAACAAGAAACUUGACUUUGUUAUGCAUGGACUGGUGUAUGUAUGGAUCAGAAUCAGAAUACUUUAUUAAUCCUUAAGAAAAUAAUAUAAGUGUAUGUAUUUGCUUUUCUACUCACUCUCAGCAGAUUGCUUUCUUAUACUUCAAAGCUUGGGGGAUAAGGAGGUAAUUUAGGACUCAGGAUCUAUGACACACGGUUUAAGUGGAGCCAUGGAUCAAACCACCAACCUUGCCAUUAGCAGAUGGUCUGCUCUACCCACUAAGCCACAGGGGACUUUAAAAUAUUAAGUUAACUUUGUGCGAAUAGGCUUAAAUUAUAUGUCUUGACUGCUGUCCUAAGAGUUGCAAGACUGGAAUACUUGAACUCUCUGUGUAUCUGUGACAUUUUUUGGCUGCUGAUUCUUGUCUGCUUUGCACAGAGGAGUGUGCACUGCACCUCUGUGCACACACACACACACACACACACACACACACACACACACACACACACACACACACACACACACACACACACACACACACUUCAGCACUCCCUUCCUUCGGCUCUGACUAUAAAUGCUGUUUGUUAUAAUUGUAUACCAAAGGAUGGAUUACGAGUUCUGCUUGUUCGUUGUCUUUUGCUCAUUCUCCAUCACUUACUGUAUCAACAAAAUGUUUACUUCUCUUUGUAGCUCUGUUUUACAGAUCCUUUUUGUAACUAUUUCACUUUGUACUUUUGCUACUCAGGCUUCUUAAAUUGUGCUCUUCAGCAGUCACUAUAUGCCAUUUAAUAAUGUGUGUAAUAUAUUUAUGACAUCAAAUGGACAGAAAUGAAUAAAACUGUCAUUUAGGAA